UUUUGUGUGAUAUUAUUGGUCUAUUCAUUGACAUAACAAAUAGAAAGUAGCUCCAGGUUUAUGUUCUCUGACAUUAUCUCGUUGUAUGCACGAUAGUACCUAUACGUUCAGUGAUUGUUAUAGCUUCUUUGCAAUCCCGCGUAGCAUCACUAACAAGGAAGGACGCGUAAGAAGAAAAUGGGGGAUAAUCAGUACGGAAAUUACAAUUCGGGAGGUACAGCGUACGGGGGCUAUGCAGGUUAUUCGCAGCCUGCCCCAGCAGCAGGCGGUGCUGGAGCUGCAACUGCUGCUGCCCCGAAUUAUCCGUCAACACAAGGAUAUGAUCAAAGUGGGUAUAACCAACAGGGUUCAUGGGGACAACAACAAGGUUAUGGAAACUAUGGAACCACUGGUGACCAAACAUCAUACUCUCAGCAAGGAGGGAGUUACCCAUCUUAUGAUCAUUCAUCUGGCUAUGGAUCAGGACAGCAGCAGCAACAACAGCCGCAGCAUCACCAUCAAGGAGGCUACCAGUCAAGUUACCCAACACAACCACCACCUUACGGUGACCAGAGCAGUGGAGGCGGUGGUGGAGGUGGUAGUGGUGGUGGCGGCCAGUAUUCAGGUUAUAAUCAGCAGGGAUCUAGCGGAGGAUAUGGACAACAGUCUGGUGGCUAUGGAGGACAACAGGGUGGUUAUGGCAGCCAGGGCUAUGGAGGUCAUGCAGGAGGUGGUUAUGGGACUGGUGGCUCUGGUGGUAGCAGAGGUGGCGGCGGCGGCGGCGGCGGCUAUGGGUUAUGGGGAUCGAGGUGACAUGAUCACACAAGAAGACACAGUGUUUGUGUCAGGAAUGAAUCCUGCUUUGACUGAAGAAGACAUUCAGCAACAUUUUGGUGCAAUUGGUGUCAUCAAGACUGACAGGAGAUCAGGAAAGCCAAAAAUAUGGAUGUAUAAGGACAAGAUUACUGGCAAACCCAAGGGGGAGGCCACUGUUACAUAUGAUGAUGCCAAUGCUGCAAGAUCGGCAAUAGAUUGGUUUGAUGGAAAGGACUUCAAAGGAUCUAUUAUCAAAGUUCAGAUGGCUCAACAUAAGAACAAUUAUGCUAGUGGGCGUGGAGGACGUGGUGGCAGCAGCGGUAGCAGUGGCAGUGGUGGUGGAGGUGGCAGCAGUGGCGGCGGCGGCAGCAGCCGGGGUGGUGGCAUGGACAGAGGAGGGCGUGGAGGAGGAAGGGACAAUGUUCGUGUUGAGAGUGGUGGAGGUUUUGGUCGUGAUGGAGAUUGGAAGUGUCCCAAUCCAGAAUGUGGCAACACAAACUUCUCAUGGCGAACUGAAUGCAAUCGUUGUAACCAAGAGCGACCUGAGGGAGUUGGGGGUGGAGAUCAACCUGGUCGUGGUGGACGUGGAGGCCGUGGGAUGGACAGAGGAGGAUUCCGUGGCAGAGGUGGUGGUGACCGAGGUGGAAGAGGCUUUUCACGAGGAGGAAUGGAUAGAGGUGGACGAGGACGUGGUGGUCCCAUGAGGGGUGGAGGUGAUCGUGGACGUGACAGGUCAAAGCCAUAUUAGAUCCAUUAUUGAUGUUGAUUUGUGUAAUCACAAAGAAAAGCUGUGUGAAGUGACAGGCUAAUAAACCGUCAUCACAUAUUGUGUCAAGCAAGACUAUCAAACAUUUCAACUUUUUUAAGUAUAUAUAUACAAAAAAUGAUUUUGUAUCAAGAUGCACUUGAAUAAAUGAAAUAGGUUGCAUUUGCAACUUAUCAGUUCUCUCUCUCUAAUGUGUGUAAAUGUGUAUGUGUGUUUAUAGACAGUAAUGACUUUGCAAACAUUCACAUUUGGAUAACAAAAUUGCACCAUCACUUUCAAACAUUUAAAUGUGUGCCCUGUGGAAAACCAGUUGUUUCCUAAAAGCAUCUCCAUGUUACUCAUAUUUCAGUAUACACCCCAUUCUAUAAAUGUAGCAGAGCUUUUAGUUCCUUACAAAGUGAGGGAAAAAGAGCAGUUUGUGUUACUGAGAGUUCGUUAAUAAAAUUCUUUUGGUUCCUUUUUA